UACCCCACGUGAAACUUUGAUAAAGUUCGGUGUAAAUUUAAUUAGCGCGUGUUAUUAAAUGAAAAAGUUUCAAUUUUAACUCUUCAAAAUGCCCAUGCCAGACAAGAUAUUAAUGCGAAAAAUUAAAAAGCGGGAGAAGAAAAAGUUGAAAUUGAUCGCAAAGAAAAGUGCCGGAGAAAAUGAAGAAGAAAACAAUCAAGAUAACGUACCGUCCGUUGUAUCAACGAAGAGAGCGUCUGAAAAUAUUGAAAACAAUACUGAGGUAGUUCCAAAAAAAAAAAAGAAGAAGAAGCCAAAAUCAGAGUCAGUGGUGGAAGAAACAGAAAUAAAAGAAGAGCCAGUGGAAAACUCAGAUGAUGAUGCUAGCCAAGAUGAUGAUAAGAAAAAUGAUGAAAGUCAAUUACCUGGAUCCAGUCUGUGCUUAGGAAUAUUAUCAGACCAGAAGUUUUCAUGUUUGGAUGGAAAAGUAUGUGAAGCUACAUUAAUGGGUAUUAAAGAUAUGGGUUUCACGACUAUGACAGAAAUUCAGGCUAAGGCAAUUCCACCCUUGUUAGAGGGAAGAGACUUGGUGGGCGCAGCUCGAACAGGCUCCGGAAAAACAUUAGCAUUCCUCAUACCUGCUAUUGAAUUGAUAUACAAAUUGAAGUUUAAACCUAGAAAUGGUACUGGUGUUAUAAUCUUAUCACCAACAAGGGAGUUGUCUAUGCAAACAUUUGGAGUACUGAUGGAGCUCAUGAAAUACCAUCAUCAUACUUAUGGAUUAGUGAUGGGAGGUGCUAACAGAAGUACUGAAGCACAGAAACUUUCUAAAGGAAUAAACAUACUAGUAGCUACACCAGGAAGGUUACUGGAUCAUUUGCAGAACACUCCAGACUUCUUGUACAAAAACUUGCAGUGCUUGGUAAUAGAUGAAGCUGAUAGAAUAUUGGAAAUUGGGUUUGAAGAGGAAGUCAAACAAAUUAUUAAGUUAUUACCAAAACGGCGGCAAACCAUGUUGUUCAGUGCCACUCAAACAAAGAAGACAGAAUCUUUAACGGCUUUAGCUGUGAAACAUGAACCAGUGUAUGUAGGAGUGGAUGAUCACAGGGAACAAGCAACAGUUGACUCAUUGGAACAAGGGUACAUAGUAUGUCCAUCAGAAAGACGCAUGAUGGUUCUUUUCACAUUCCUCAAGAAGAAUAGAAAGAAGAAAGUGAUGGUAUUCUUCUCUACCUGCAUGUCUGUCAAGUAUCAUCAUGAAUUGUUCAAUUACAUUGAUUUACCAGUUAUGUCUAUACAUGGAAAACAACAACAAGCAAAGCGCACAACAACUUUCUUCCAAUUUUGCAAUGCAGAGAGUGGAAUUUUACUGUGUACUGAUGUCGCCGCGAGAGGUCUCGACAUUCCUGCUGUCGAUUGGAUAGUUCAGUAUGAUCCUCCAGAUGAUCCUAAGGAAUACAUUCACCGAGUGGGCAGAACAGCCAGAGGUUUAGGCACCAGUGGACAUGCGUUACUGUUCUUGCGACCAGAGGAGCUGGGAUUCCUUAGAUAUUUGAAACAAUCUAAAGUUACACUCAAUGAGUUUGAAUUUUCUUGGAAUAAAGUUGCUGAUAUUCAGUUACAGCUGGAGAAGUUAAUAUCCAGAAACUACUUCCUCAAUCAAUCAGCAAAAGAGGCCUUCAAGAGUUAUCUACGCGCUUACGACUCGCACCAUUUGAAAACAAUAUUCGAUAUUGAUACAAUUGACAUGGCUAAAGUAUCAAAAUCAUUUGGUUUCACUGUUCCACCUGCAGUAGAAUUGAAGGUGACUUCUAAAGGCCCUACACAGAAACGUAAGGGUGGUGGCGGAUUUGGAUACUUCAAGAGUUUAAAUAAUCCAGGACAAAAGAAAGACGCUAAAACGAAAAUUUACAGACAAAAGGGCAACAAUAAAAGGCCAGUUAGCUGAAGCUAAAUUGGUUCACAUUUGUGACUAUUUAUAAUUUUUAGUUUAAAAGCAGUUUAUUUCUAGCUGAAUUGUUACUAAUGUUGUAUAAGCAAUGAUUACAAUGAUAAAUACAUUUGUAUGUUAAUAUUGUUGUAAAAUGUACUAUUUUAUAUUAAGCAGCAUUAAAAACUAGCCGAGAAUUUACCAUUCUUAUAUUGUUAUGAAAUGAUACCUACAAUGUAACUCCAUGUCCCAUAUGAUAAAUAAAACAAAUUUUUCAUAAA